AUUUCCCUAAUUCACAACCAACUUUCUCUUCACCUUUUUUCCAUAUUCAUCAAGAAAUCUUCAAGAUUCAUAUUCUUUUCACUUCUUUUGCGAAAAUUUUCGAUACCCAUUUGAGAAAAAUGAGUGUUCUACAAUACCCAGAAGGGAUUAAUCCAGCAGAUGUACAGAUAUGGAAUAAUGCUGCCUUUGAUAAUGGUGAUUCUGCGGAUUUUUCUUCGUUGAAACGUUCUUGGUUAUCGGAUUCCUUUGAAUCUGAUUUAUCUACUAAGGAGAAUCAGACUCCUUCGUUCAAUAAUUCAUCGGUUAAUCUGUCAUCGUCUUCGAUACCCUUCAAGCCACUUCACCCCAAUGGGGCUCUGGAGAAUUCAAGAAUCAAGACUAAGAAGGCGAUUUCGAAGAGUGGGAAGGAUAAUGAUUUACGCGAUGAGAAGAAGAUUGAUGAGGAGAUUGAAGAAAUUGAAAGGGAGAUUAGUAGAUUGAAUUCGAAAUUAGAGGCAUUGAGAAUUGAAAAGGCAGAAAAAAGUUUCAAGAUUGUUGAGAAGAAGGGGAGGGUUGUGGCAGCGAAGUUUAUGGAGCCAAAAAUGAGUGUUGUUAAGAUUGCGGAGAGUUCAUCAAUGAGCGCGAAAACGAAGGUGCAGAGUAGAAGGGGUGUUAGUUUAGGACCAUCUGAGAUUUUCGUUGGAACGCGACGAGGGUUGAGUAUGGGGCCAUCAGAGAUUUUUGCAGGGACAAAGGGAGGGAAAUUGGGGAAACAAGAGAUGAUUACGCCUAUUCAGCCAAUACAAAAUAGGCGAAAGUCUUGUUUUUGGAAGCUUCAAGAGAUUGAAGAAGAAAGGGGGAAAAGUUCUUCAAGCCUUAGUCCGAAAUCAAGAAAAGCUGCAGCAAAAACUAUAGCUUCAUCAAGGCAGGCAGUAACUACAAUUGCAUCAAAGAAGAAUUUGAAGAAGGAUGAUGCAUUUCUAAAUUCAGUUCAACCAAAGAAACUAUUCAAAGAUGGCGAAAAGUCUGUUCCUGCUAGUAAGAAGCCUCAGAGGCCGGGGAGGGUUGUGGCUAGUCGGUACAAUCAGAGUACAAAUCAGUCAUCAGUAGUGAGAAAGAGGUCUUUACCGGAGAAUGACAAGGAUGAGAUUAAGAGAAAUGAAAAGAAACGGUCUUUAUCUGUAGGGAAAGCGCGUGUAUCUCAAACAGAAAACAAGAAUUUAGGUACUGAAAGCAGGGUGAAAAAGAGAUGGGAAAUUCCUAGUGAGAUAGUAGUUCUUGCAAGUACAGAGAGCGAGAAAUCUCCACUGAGCAUUACUGUGAAGCCUGAUUUGCUCCCUAGAAUUAGGAUUGCUCGGUGCACCGCUAAUGAGACUCCGAGGGAUUCUGGACCUGCCAAAAGAGUGAUGGAUUUGAUAGGCAAGAAAUCCUUUUUUAGCAAUGAUGAAGAUAAGGAACCAUCAGUCUGUCAAGUUCUCAGUUUUGCCGAGGACGAUGUUGAAGAGGAAUAAUGUGAAAUAACUCAAAUAAGGGGGAGAGCUCACCCCUUUCAAUUUUCAGUCCUGCCUUUUAUUUUUUGUUCAUUCUUAUAUGAGGCUUCACGAUAACAUGUUUGGUACAAUAUGAGGAAGCGUUCUUUGGGCUUCCUCAUACUAGUAUUCUAGCUUCUGUGAUUACAUGUUUGGUACAAUAUGAAUAAGGUUCUAUGUUGCAGUAUAUGGCCAAGUUACUGUUUUACUAGUAAGGAAAAUGGUGGACUACUAUUACUUCUUGUUAUGUACUAUAUUAGGUUGUGUCAGCUGCAUUUUAUUGCUGAGAGUUUACAAUGGAAGAAGCUUUCUUCUUUGCUUCACAAUUGUCUUUUGAUGAUAAUAUGUGAUCUCAUGCUUGAUGGGGGAAUUAAUGAAAUUUGAGAUUUCUAUUA